GUAGAGUAGUCCAUGUUCUUAUAUAGUGUUUAAUACUUUUACAUUUAAUCCAUAAAAGACAAUGUUCUUCAAUAUACAUAAUUUUUUUUCUGAUAAAUUUUAUUACACCAAAGUUAAUAUUUAUCUAAUUAUUAACAUUUUAUUAUAGAGUUAAAAGGUUGAUAGUUAUUAAGUGUAAUAUAAAAUGUAGUAAGAAAUAUUAUAUGAUUCAUUUUAGCUUAGUACACUUAAUUAUAAAAUCCUUAAAUAAAAUAUGAUUGUUUAUACAUAGUAGUGUAAAACUGUAAAUUAUGUGUGUUUGAGGCAAAGUGUUAGAACAAGAAAAAAGACAGAGUUGGAAUUGAGAGGGCAGUUUUAUUUUUGGAUUUCUUUCCUCAUUUAUGAAUUUUGAUAGAAUACUAUUUAUUAUUGGUUCUAAAACCAGGUGGGUUUUUUGUCAGUUUAUUUUGUGUUGUAAUGAUGUAUAUAUAUAUGUAGUAUAUUAAAUGAUUGUUUAUGGAAAGGGUAAACGAGAUAAACAUGAAAAAGGUUGGCAGAGGAGUUUUUCCUUUCUUGGUCAGCACUGAAAAAAAAUCAAACACCUGGGAGAGUGAGUGAGUAAACAACCGGGAAAACGAAAAAAGGCAAAACCCUUUUUGAACUAGUAUAUAAAGGGGUGGUCUGUUCAUUGGAAAAGCCACUCAAAUUUCAAUCCAUUUUGUAGCUAUGUCUUCUUUGUCUCAAGAAGUUCUCAAGCACAAUCUAACCGAUGUUGGCAGGAGACUCCUUACAAUUUCUGGCUCCAUAACUGACCUUCUCAACCUUAUUGAAAGAGCCGAGAAUUUGUUGUCGAACGUGGAACAAACAGAGUUGGUAUCUCUAGAAGUUGUGAUUUCACCAGCAUUGACAGCUUUGAUUUCUGAUGAGCUUUUCAAGCACUCUGAUACGGAUGUCAAACUCUCAGUUCUAACUUGCAUCACUGAGAUUAUAAGGAUAACUGCACCGGAUCCUCCUUAUAAGGAUGAACAAAUGAAGGAGAUUUUCAAAUCAACUGUUGUAGCUUUUGAAUAUUUGUCCCUAGAAUCAGGCCGUCGCUUUACCAAGGCUAUGCACAUCUUGGAUGUUGUUUGUAAGAUCAGGUCAUGCUUGUUGAUGAUGGAUCUUGGAUGUGAUGCAUUAGUUUAUGACAUGUUUCAAAUUUUCUUUGAACAAAUUAGGUCCAACCAUCCACCAUCUAUAUUUUCAUCUAUGGAACAAAUAAUGACAUUGGUUUUAGAAGAAAGUGAAGACAUUCCAUCUGAUAUUUUCACUCUUCUUCUAUCUAGUGUUAACAAGAAAAAACAGAACAUAUCAUCUGCUUGUUUGAAACUGGGAGAGACGGUUUUCACUAUGUGUGCUUCUAAGCUCAAACCGUACAUCAAAACAGCAGUGACGUCGAUGAAGAUUGAUGUGAAUGAUUAUGCUCCAAUAGUGGCUACAUUAUGCCCCAAAACUAACAACCAUAAGGCUGCUAAGGAAACAGAAAAUACUUCGCAGGGGGCCAAUGGUGGGAAUGCUGACCAAAAAGGUGAUUCUUUAAGAGCACUAAUGCCUCCUCCAAGAUGGCCAACUUCUGAUAACAAUGGAAAGAACAAUUCUUGCAAAGAAUUACAUACUGAAAGAGCUGCUGAUUCAAGAGAUGUUGCUGAACCAAGCUCAAUUCUGAACAAGAGUGCUGAGGAGCCAUCAAAUUCUUUGAUGAGUGCUGUGGAAGGCAAUUCCAAAGGAGCUGAUUCAAGUGGUACCGCUGAACAUGAAAGUGAGCCGGUGCAAACUUCUCGGAAGAAUCCAAAAGACAUUGCUAAAGGAAAAGAGCCAGUCUCAGUUGAGGAAGACACAGACACUGCUCCCAAAAAGAGAGGCCAGAAGUCAAAUACUUCGAUGGAUGCAGAAGAAGCCCCGGGAGAAAGAGAAGAUUCAAGAAAUACUUCAAGGGAAGAGAAGAAGGAAACUGAUUCUGUAAUGAAGUCAACUAAGGCAGCAAAAUCUGAAAAUGAGCCAACUUCUGCUACCAAAAAGCGAGGACAGUCAUCGAAUUCUUCUUCGAUGAAACCAGAGGAAGGAGAUGAUCAUGCUGGGAGGUCAUCUCGUCUAAGAAACACUGAUAAUGGGAAGGGUAAUGUGACAGAGCUAGCACCUCAACUCGAUAAGAGUAAAAGGAAAAAUGUAGCUCAAUAUCAAAGGAGCCGCGGAAAGGGAAAAAUGAGUACAUUGAAUCAGGAAGCUGAUACCAAGUCCCAAACAGAUAUCAAAGAGAAGGCUAAAGUAAUUGUCAAUCUCAAUUUGAAUGAGAAACCCGAGGAUACUGGCAGCGUAGAAGAGAAUGAUCAGGAGAACUCAACUAAGCUUGAGCUUGCUGCUGCUUCUGAAGGCCCUGGCCAGCCUCCCGAGGAAAAACAACAAGAGCAGUCUACUGUGAAGUCUGAGGAUGUCAAUGUCAAUGAUAACCUAUCAGCUCUAAGGACUACUAGGAAAAGGAGAAGGGCUGUGCAUUAUUCCAAUAAUGACACUAAUGAAGGAUCUCUUCAUAAGGGCUGGGGCUCUAGGACUGGAACUAAGUUUUCUAGUUCUUCUAAAACAACUUUCAAGAAGGAACAUGUCAUUGGAAAGGAGGAGGCUUCCGAAAUGCCUAAUCUAGGCGAACUGCUUAUCGGAACAAAGAUUAAGGUUUGGUGGCCCCUAGAUAAAGAGUUUUAUGAAGGCAUUGUUAAAUCUUAUGACCCUGUUAAAAAGAAGCAUCAGGUGUUGUAUGUUGAUGGGGAUCAAGAGACACUUAACCUCCAACACCAACGAUGGGAGCCGAUUGUAGAUGAUGCUUUAGCUGAGGAAGGUAAAAAGACUGAUCUUCCUGGACCAGACUCUUCAUCUCAAAUCAAUUCACUAGAGGCAGUAACACCUGUUCAAGUAAAACCAGAUCAGGCUGAUGAUUUCUCUGAUGAAGGAAUUCCAAAGGGAAGACUGAGAAGAACAAAGUCGGUUAAUAGAAAACAAGCGAAAAGCUCAGACCGAGCAAAGGCUGUUUCUUCAUCAGGAAGAAAUUCUGGACGGAAAAAAUCUAAGCGGGAGAAACAAGCUGAAACAUCAGAUCAAGCAAAGGCUAAUUCUUCCCUGAAAAGAAGUUCUGGACAGAAAGUAGAGAACACAAAAGGCCCGAGUCGGGAGAAAGAAGCUAAAACAUCAGAUCAAGCAAAGGCUGAUCCUUCCCCCAAAAGACAUUCUGGACAGAAAGUACAGGCAAAGUCAAAUCAGGAAAAGGAAGCAAAAAUAUCUGAUCCACCAAAGGCUGAUCCAACCCCAGAAAGAAAUUCUGGACUGAAAGUACAGAGCAAAAAAUCAAAGUCCAAUCUGGAGAAGCAAGCUAAGAAGUCAGAUCAAUCAAAGGCUGAUCCUCCAUCAGGAAGUAGGCGAGGAACUAGAGCACAGAAGAGAGCUUCAGAAGAGCCUAAUGAAGUGAAAAAAUCUGAUCAAGGAAAAACUGAUUCUUUCUUGGAGACACUGGCUUGUCUCCGAAAGAGGGUGAAGAAAAGUGCUAAUUCGGAUAAGGGGAAACAACCGAAAGGAUCACAUUCUAAGGCUGAUUCUUCAACCAAAAGGACUGAAAUGCCAACAUCUGCUGCAGAUGCUCCUCUGCUUGACAACCCUGUUGAAGCAGUUGUGGAUGAAAAGCUGAAAGAUAAUGACAGCAAUUCGGGUGCGGUGGUGGAUACAAAAAUCACUGAGGAGAUGGCAGAAUCGAUUGAGAAAAAGAACCCGAAAGUUGAUAAUGAAAAUGGAGCUAGCAAAGUGUGAAUGAAGUCAUCAGAGAAGAAGACAUGAAGGCCUGAACUGAGUAUGGCAUAUAUAGUUCAUGGCUCUUUGUUUUAGUUUUAAGUUUUAGUUAUACACAGAAACAUUAGAAGCCAUUGUUGGGUUUCUCUGUUUUCCUUUUAUUGGUUCUUUGUUUCCAUAGAUUUUGAAUAAACUACAGGCUACAGCCCUCCCAUAACUACCCGGAGUUAGAGCUCUAUGGGUUUUGGUUUUAAUAGUUGUUGUUAAAUGGAUUUUUGGCUUAAGAGUUUCAGCUCUAUAGGCUUUUAUAAUCAUUAUUAAUCUCUUUUGUGUUGCAUGAAA